AUGCAAAAAUUUGGAAAGAGCAUCGUAAAGGCGAGCAUGGCACUGUUAGCUUUGAUAAUCUUGGUUUUAUCGGAAAACGUGGACUGCUUGAUUGUUAAUGUGACAAGGCUGGAGAAGAAUGACAAAUUCACAAAUCCAAAUCGUACAGCUGUGUCAAACUGUAUUGCGGGUGGCCAAUCUUCUUAUUUCGACUCCUGUAAGAAUUUUCGUUCGGUCGACACGAGAGGAAAUUGUUCCAAUUCAAAACCUUGCUGUCAGUGGUGUCAAUGUAAUAGUGAUCACCCAAUUUAUUUGUUUCACUUGGGAAAGUGUGUGAAUCUGCAGGAGCUGAACACGGAUAAUUUUGGUCCAGGGUCAAUUGGUAGGUCAUAUUUUUUUUUUCAGUUUUUCCUGUCGAGCUCUGGCUGCUGUAAAUAUAUUCAGGCUUCAGAAUAGUUAUUGUUUAUUCCUUUCAUAUGUUUAAAGUGAAGGAGAGAUAAGAUGAGACGCGUUCAUGCCGCUUUUAGUCGAUGAUAGAUGAUCUAUAACAUUGUUUAUUUUUACGAUCGAGUGACAGUGAAUAUGAGAUACCGUGGGAUAAGAGAGAUAACACAGCUAUAGCUCAUGAUAUUAGGGUCUCACAGGGUUUUCACUGGGAACAGAGGGGGAAUGGGUCUACCCAACAGUUUGCAAAGGAGGGACAUUUGACUACCAAUCAACCGCUAAUGAGAAGGGGAGGAAAGGGUGGGGGGUGGGAGGAGGUCAUAACAUUAUUACAGAACCUUAUUAGCGGAUCAGGUAGAUCUCCCCUCUCCCCUCCCUACGCGUUAAGUUAAAUCAUCAAGAGAAAAACCUGAUCUUGGUUGUAUUUUGUUAGGAUGUGGUGCACGCCUCGAAGUGAAAGCUGGUGGUGAUGACGAUGAUGAUGAUGAUGAUGAUGAUGACGACAGAAAAGACCAUAGAGGUAAAGACGUUUGCAAAGCCAGCUCCUGGGUUCCACCUCUUAUCAACUUUCAAACUAAAUCAGAUGUUAAGAUAAAAUUCUGCCGAGCAAAACCUAAAGAUACCGAGUCCUGUGAUGUCCAAGCCGCUCGCUAUGUUGGUGAUGGUCAAUGGACGAACUUUACUGACUUUCAGCGAAGGUUUUGGACCAAGAAAAACAAGAAAGAUAUCUACCUAGAGGUAAACAAAGCCAUACGAGUCAGCUAGGAUAUGCUGUUGGGCGCUCCAAACUGUGAGAUCACCAGAGGAUUAACGUUCUUUACACCAGAACUCACAUCUGUAGGGGGUCCACUUUAGCGAUAAAAAAACCGUUCGGAGGAGUCGAACCAGAGACAUUUCAAUGAGUUUUACAGUUAAGCUGUCGGAAACUCCGCUAAAGUUGUGUACCCAUCAACUUUUAAAGAAAGAAGAUGUCGUAAACAAUAAUCUGGCUUUAGUCGCUAAGGGAUUGACUAUUGACAAACAUCCCUUCCCCGCAAUCUGUCUUAGCCUUAGCCGUUUGCCGUCACCAUAAAUAUUUCUGAGGGAAGGGGUGCGAAGGGGGCUGCCAAUAAACUGUCGCGACAUAGCGAUUUUUCCUUUUUCUUUCUCUGCCUUGCUUACAGAACUUUCAUCCCUCCUGCUCUCGGCAAAGUCCUUUUUUCCCUUCAAAAGCAGAUCAUUUUCGAAAAAGCAUCUCUUCCACAACAAUACAUUGAGAAUGAAAGGGAAAGAGCCAAUGUAAUUUUGGUUUUCUGUUUUAUUGUGUUUUAAUCUGUAUCUAGUGGAACAGAUCAUUGGUAACGAAUUUCACAGGGAAUCUUGUUGUCAUCAACGUAAAGUGUAAACAGAAAGGCAAAGGAAAAGAUUUUGCUUCCUGCUUCAUGUUCAAGACAGCUGGGACAUUUACAGGUCGGUAGAGACUCUAGUCAGUCAUAAAAAAAGUAGGAUGAAUCAAUCUAACCGACUGAAUCCCUCAUGGAGUGCAUUUGGAUUGUGCAACGUGAAACCAAAACCGAAAUAAUUUUGAGAAAAAAAAUGACUGGGAAAAAAUGAGAACUCCAAGUAAAAACGAGCAAACCUCCUGAGGCGCGGAAAGCGCAAAGGACUCGAUUGUUUUAAGUUUCGUAGCUGAUUGGUUGAGAGAGAGGUACUAGUUUUCUUAACCAGUCACAGAGCGACGGGAUACAUAUUCAUUUACUCAAGUCCUCAUUGUACUAAUUUAUUCGCUCGAUCAUCUUUAGCCACAGAAAAAUGUACUGAACCAUCCACAACAAAACCAGCGACAGCGAAACCAAUGACAACAAAAAACACCUCAACAAAAUUAUCAACAACAGAAACUGGCACAUCAAAAGAGACUCUGCCACCAACAACACAAGCAGCGGUAACAACAGGAAAAGGAACAACAACAAAACCAACUGCAGAGAUCCAAUCCACAAAAAAACACAGCACAGGAACGACCCCCAUCAGCCAGACCGAGUUAUCGACGAAGUCAUCCAAGACUCCGCCGACUUCCUCAAGCGCCACAGACACCACACCUAAAGAGACUCCUACUGUUAUCUUCAUGACAACAGAAAGAAGCAGUCCUGGUAAAGACAAGAUAAUAGACAAGUCAACUGACGUAAACAGUAGCAGCAGAAGAAUAGUUAUUGUUGUGUCUGUGUUAUGUUCACUUGUGGUAGUCAUCGCCAUGUUUUUCAUAUCAGCUUGGCUCUGGAGAAAACAGCAAACGGCGUGAGUUGGUUUUUAUGAUAUGAUCUAUAUUUUAAGUUAUUUUUCCCGUAUUUUCUAUUUUCCUGAUGUACAUCAUCGCCGCAAGUACUUUAUAACGAGCAUCCACUCAAAAUAAUUUUAAUUUUAAGUUAGCAAGAACACUAACUACAAGCUGUAUAAGAGAAUAUAUAUAUACAUAUAAAUUGUUUUUAUCUUGACAGAAAAAGUUACUCAAGAAGCGAUCAGCAAAGUACCAAUCAGUGUAAGUGAAUGGUUAACCUGAGUAUUUUACCUCACCACGAUAUUGAAGAACACCGUAAAACCCUCCUCUCAAUUGCUGCAAGUAAAGGUCCAAACUACAGGUUUGGACCGUUAGGAGUAGAAAGCCAAAAGAAAAUUAAGACAAAGGAGAGGCAUCAAGAGACUGCAAUGCAAAGGUCUUUUGUGUCAUUUUUCUGGUACUUUGCAUGUAUCGCAUCAGAACGCGGAAUCCGAAGGUCUGGGUUCCAUUUUUUUUGUAAGGGACUAGGACUUCCUCUUUUUCCUCUGCUUGUGAAAUGACGACAAAUAUCUUUCUUCAGUUUCUAAAGACCUUUGCAGUUGAUGGAUCUAGUUUCCUUUAGUUUUUUAAAUAGUUUCUUUAGUUUUCUCUAUUUAGAUUUUUGUAUCUGCCAAGUUAGUUAGUGGUUACUACUCCUCAUGUGUCUAAGUACAGAAUACCUUACAUUUAUUCAUAUCAUUGUCACCAUUAUAGUCGAUAAACCAGAAGAUCACGUCCAAAACACACAUGAGAAUGCCUAUCAACUACUAAAGUAUGACGGGAAAUCAAAAGAUCAGGCACAAUGGGAACAACCGGCCUAUGAGGGCCUCGUCAAGGGUUCAACUGCGAAAGACUGGGGAGAGGGAGAAGUAUAUACCAAUCCUACAGUGUAUCAACAACUUGACAAGUCUAAUAUCACCACUGAAAAUGAUUAUUUAGCGGCUUAUCAUCCUCUUAUGAAACAGCUCCAGUCCAAGGUAUGCAUUUUAAUCCCAUACAGUUCCUACCCUGGCCUUAACCCAGAAAGAGGUGGUUCUCUUUUUAAGACAGGAACGCAAAGUGGGGCAGAGCAGAAGUCGUCUUUCAUAUGACAAAAAAAUUAUUUUGUUAAAAAUGACUUUUGGAAAAAGCAAUUAGGUCUUCUUAUAGCUAUUGCUCCAAAACCAUCAGAGCAAUAAAUAUUGUUUCAGUGCUUGUUAAAAAUAGGAGGACGUCAUCAUGCAACGAGAAAAAAUGUACCUACCGAAUCAAUCUCGUUUGUAAUUGCUUAUAGUAAAGUGCAAUACCUCCUUUCCGCAGUCGGAGACAAAAAUAGCGAUAUGCCGUUGAUGUCACAAAACUCACAUGCAUUUUCUAAUUACUACUUCCUCACAGUCUGAGCAAGUAGCCGAAUAUGACCAAGGGUACCUGGUACUGGUUGGAGAGCAUAGCAAAAGAGAAGAUACCGCUGAUCAAGAGGACCCGUAUUACUACAAAGUUGAAAGUAACAUGCCUCAGUAAUCAACCGUAUGUUUUGUGACGUUGGAGUAGAAAUGUUGUAAUUUUCGGUACAAUGAUGAGAGAUGAACUCAUUCUUCAUGGCUCCGAGUCAAGAGAACGAAAACGAUCUGUAAAAGUUCAUGUGAUACUACGAAUUGAUUAGGAUAUGACUGCUUAUUGUAAAGCCUGUUAUCCUUCUUGUUUGAGUGUGUGACAAAAAUUGAUAGUUGAGGAAGUGGUUUCUGUACAUUACUAAUGUGCUGACAAGGAAAAUUACCUUACAAUUAAGAGGUUCUUAAACUGGUGAUCAUUUCCUUUAUUCUCAUGACAUUAACGUGUGCUUCAGUGGUGAUAUUGCAAAGGAGAAAUUAGAUGUCAAUCACUCUUAGGGGUGAAAAAAUUAAAACGAGUCCUG